CCCAGUUGAACUAGUGUGGAAUUUUGGAACCCCUGCGUGCUUCUGCUUCCACCGGCGGAGCGAGCACCGACCUCGCCCCACCGAUCCCUCCGCCGCCACCUCUCCCCCAUCCUCCAUCUCCCAAAUGCUUCUUCGCCGCUGUCACCUCCUCGUCGGUGGCGGCAGGCCCCCCAAAUCCCUUGCCUCGUGCGGCUCUCCCCCUCUAGCGCAUUUCCUCAAACACCUUCUAGGCAGCCCCGUCGCCCUCUCCCAAGCCACGGCAGACCCCUGCUCCCUUACGCUCCACUUCCUCCGCAAUUCCUGCGGCCUCUCGGAGCCCGCCGCGACCGCCACGGCCGCGCGCGUCCGCCUGCGAUCUACCAAGAACGCGCACGCGGUCCUCUCCCUCUUCCGCGACCUCGGCCUCGCGGGCGCCGACCUCGCCCGCGUCGUGGCGGCCGCCCCCGACGUGCUCACCUACCGCGCAGACGUCACGCUCGCGCCCAAGCUCGAGUUCUUCAGACGCGACAUCGGCCUCACCGACGCCGACAUCCGCCGCAUCAUCCUCAUCAGCCCAUACCGCGUCCUCUCCUACAGCCUCGCGCGCCGCCUCCGCCCCAACUACCUCCUCCUCAAGGACCUCCUCGGUACCGACAAGAACGUGCUAGCCGCCGUCAAGCAGGCCACUGCACUCAUCCACGACGACGUCCGCUCCGAGCUUCUCCCCAAGGUCAAGAUCCUCCGCGACCAUGGGGCACCGGACGCUGUCAUCGUCAAGCUGCUCACCACGCACCCCAGGGCGCUCAUACACAGGAACUCCCACUUUGCUGAGACAUUGGUCGCCAUGAAUGAGCUCGGUGUCAGCCUGUCGUCCGGUAUGUUCCCUUACGCCUUUGGGCUGUUUGCCAGAAUGCAUCCAUCCGGCUGGAAGCGCAGGAUGGACAACUACCUAAGCUUGGGGUGGACCGAGGAGCAGGUGAAGCAGGCCUUCGUCAGGCACCCUUACUGCAUGUCUGUGUCGGUUGACAAAUUGAGACGUAUCUGGCAUUUAUUCGCCAACAAGCUUGGCUGGAGCCCAGAGUAUGUUUCAGGUAGCCCGAUGAUUCUCUCGCUCAGCUAUGAGAAGCGGCUCGUACCACGGUGCGAGGUACUAGACAUAUUGGUGUCGAAGGGUGUCAUCAGGCGCAUCCGGAUGAGCCAUCUGAUGCUGGGGGAGAAGAAGUUCAUGGAGAAGUAUGUCAGUAAUUACCAAGAAGCAAUUCCUCAAGUACUGGAAGCUUAUGGAGCCGGGAUAACCAGUGCUGUGACAGUGAAGUAGCUGGAAAAUUCUGUGCUGCGCUCUACCUACACAAAGGCAUUGUCUUUCCUUCGCCUCAGUUUUUUUUUUCUUUUUUUUUGCAGUUGAUGCAUUGUUUCCUUUCUGAAACCAAGCCAUGCAAUGCAAUGCACCUGGGUCAGAUAAUAGUGCUGUAACUUUUAUCCUGGUUGUUAUGCUUAUCCUCUUUUAUUUGUAACAUUUGACGUUUGAAGUGGAAA